AUGUCUUGUUAUCUCAAUCAAUUUCCAAUUGAAAUAUUUCACAUAAUUUUUGAAUAUUUAUGGGCACAUGAUAUUUUAUAUUCGUUUCGGAAUAUUAACGAUUAUAUAGAUAAUAUCCUAUCGAAUUAUCAAUAUUAUGUAGUGAAUUUCAAAUCAAUUCGUCGAUCUCAUUUCGAUCUUGUAUGUCAACUUCGUGCUGAUCAAAUAAUUUCGUUGAUUUUAUCGGAUAAUGUCGAUACACCGAAACAAUCUCGAUUAUUUCAAUCGAAUUUUUCAAUCGAGCAAUUUACUCGCUUACGUUCGUUGAAAUGCAUUGAAGUCGACGAUGAAGAUGACGUGAUCUUUCCGCAUUUAUUUACGCUGCCACAAUUGCGAUCUGUAGAAAUUCAUCUCAAAUUCAAAGUUCCAUUGAUUAUAGCUCCUCCAUCGCUUCGACGAUUUACGAUUGAAACUUCACCGAAAAUACAACUCAAUCUUGAUCUAGGAAUAACUUUAGUUCAAUUCGGACACUUACGUGAACUAACACUUCCUAUUUGUCCCUGUAGUUAUUUACAACGAAUCUUCUAUGAAGCUUCUCAACUUACAGCACUGAAAAUAUCAUUUAUAUUUCUAAAUCCAAAUGAUCUCACCACCUUGGUCAACAUCCAUCAAUAUUCAAAAUCACCUCCACUCACUUCACUCUCAUUGUCUCUCACUGAAAAUUGCGGAACGAUAAAGCGCAUCCACAUUGAGCAAUUCUUAGCCCCAUUUAAAUAUCUGAAAAAUCUAGAAUUGAUCAUUCCGAGUCCGACUGAGUCUCAACUUGCUGAUGGUCGUCAAUGGGAAUCAUUUAUUACGGAGUCUCUACCCAGUCUAGGAACGUUUCAUUUCAACUUCUAUGUACUUACCAUUAACUUACGUACACUAAAUCAAUUUCGUCGUCCAUUUUGGAUUGACAGAAGAUGGUAUGUGGCUUGCGAUUUCAAUCAAUCGCUGAUCUUUAGUGUUCCUCACUUUGCACCAACUUCAAGAAGGCAUUCACUUAAACCAGUGCCUUUUCAUCAAACGACGUUACCAAUCGAACUGUACAAUGCUCUUGAUAAUCGUGUUACUCAAUUAAUUUUAGAUUCCGAACGCAAGAAAUCAUGCUCGCAUUACUAUCGAAAUAUUGAAAAACUUAAGAUCUAUGGUCACUACAUUCAAAAGAAUCUUCUCGAUCUGUCGAAAGUCACAUCAUUUGUUGUUAAUAGUCCUGAAUGGUCAUUUCAACGAAUUGUGAAAUCAAUCGAACAAUCAAUGCCUAAUGUGAAUCAUCUCAGUUUGAUAUGCACUUAUCCCAACACAGAUUCGUUUACUAAAUUAGAACAGAUUCGAACGUUGGUAUUGCCUCACUAUGGCGAAUUGUCUGAUGGUGAUCAAUGCUUCAUUGAUUGGUCUUGUCAUUUUCCGCGUGUAGAACGUUUAACUGCUUCUGUUACUUCCAAAAAGCAAAUACCAUUUUUGAUCGAUCAAUUCAAAUAUUUAAUUAGUGGUUAUUUUUUCGCUCUUCCAAGCGAUAUUGAUAUGAAAAAACGAAUCAAACUAACGCCUUCAUGGCUAAUCAAGCAUACCCAACGUCUUCGAGGAGGCAAGACAAACAAUUUUACAUGUGAUAUUUAUGAUCCAUGUUUUUUGGCAUUAUCUAUAUGGAUUGAUGACAAAGAGAAAUUCGAUGACAACAAAACCUUAGUGAAAAAUCGCAAAUGGUCUUGGGGUCGAUGUUUUACUUAA